GCGGAAGCAGGAAUGUUGGAGUGUUUUUAGAAAAGUUUGGAGACUCACCCGCACACUUUUGUUGGGAUCCAGGAUUCAAACAGCGGAGAAAACAUGACGGUGUGUUACCUGUUGCUGAUGUAACUGAAGAGUUGUCAGUCUUCUCUGACUGACUAAACCUGACCAGACACACAGGCUGGCAGAUAUGGAGAGUGGUGCUCUGGAAAUGGACACCAGUACUGCUCCAGAUCCCAGAGUGCCGUCAGACUGCAGUUUAGCCUGUCUGAGGCGUCGGGCCUGGGCCCAGACCAGAGACUCCAUCUGGCUCGAUUCACAACAAGAGCACUGUGGCCCCCAGGGCCCCCAAGAGAGCCAGAGAGACAGGGAUGAGCAGAGACCCUCAGAAGAACCAGGGCGAGUUCCUAACAAUAUCACCAGCUGGCUGAGCGAAUGCAGGACUCCUCUUGGGGCGUCUCUAGAUGAUCAGACGGCUCCACCGAACAGAGGAGUGCUGAGGAACGGCUGCAGCUUUGAAGAUGACCUUUCACUGGGAGCUGAAGCCAACCAUCUUCAGUCCAGUAACAACAAUAAAACAGAUUCCUGUUUUGGUCUUGCUGCUGAACAGAAGAGGAGUCAGUAUAAAGAGAAGGGAAGAAGUAUGAACUCUACAGGAUCUGGGAAGAGCAGCACCGUGUCCAGUGUGUCAGAGCUUUUAGACCUGUACGAGGAGGAUCCUGAAGAAGUCUUGUUGAAUCUUGGUUUUGGUCGUGAAGAACCCGACCUUUCCUCGAAGGUUCCCUCCAGGUUUUUCAACAGCUCCUCGUCAGCACGAGGCAUUGACAUCAAGGUCUACUUGGGAGCCCAGAUGCAGCGCAUGGAGCUGGAGAACCCCAACUACGCUUUGACUAGUCGAUUCCGUCAGAUCGAGGUCUUAACCACAGUAGCUAACGAGUUCUUCCAGCUCUACAGUCAGGUCUCUGGUCAACCUGUCCAACGCAUCAACUCCAGGGACCAAGGAGGAGGAGCAGCAGCAGGCGCAGCAGGAGCAGGAGUAGAAGGAGAAGGAGGAGGAGGAGCAGGAGGAAGAAUUGAUAAGGUGCCUCCUCCUCUGAAGAGGAGCAACUCGGCCCUGAAUGUCGCCAAACUCCUCAAGAAGACCAUCAGCAAACACAACCUGCUCGCGGCCGCCUCAGAGUCGCCUGAAGCACAAACACCUAACCAACACACACGGCUGAACGGACACGCCCCCUCCGAUAACACGCACACCAACGGUCACGGAGCCGCUGCUCCAGAGCAGGACUUUAUCAGGACCAGUCCUGACCAGCAGGUGGAGACAGUCAGUCAGAAACAACAAGAAAGUCCACAGAAACAGCCGUCUUCCCGCAAGAAAGACAGCUGUCCCCUGGCUACGGUUACCGAGGAAACUAACGGGGAUGCCGAGACAGAUUCGUUCACGGACAACAGAUCUGAAGAGAGCGGCAGUGGAUCACCAGCCAAUGGAGACCAUCAACUAGAGCCGGCUGUUGUUCAGUCAGCCAAUCAAGGAACAGGGGAGGGCCCUCAGGAGGUCAAAGAGGAGAAAAGCCUGACCUCCACCCCGGUGAAAACUCCUCACAGCCUGGUCCCCCCUCACCUGGUGCUGCUUCGCACUGAAAACGCAGACUCCUUCGAUAUGGAGGAGAUCCAGAGUAACGAAGAUGAGGGUCUUCCAUUCAGAACCUCCAGAGCCAGGGAUCUGUUGAGGACAGUCAGUCAGCAGUCGGACAGCAGCGGUUUUGCUGAGGAGCCCUCAGCCGAGUCCAACAGCUACCUCAAGGUGCAGGAAAGUAGUGACAGCUGUGACAGCGAGAUGACGGUGACAUCGCACCCGUCCCAAGAUGUGGCGACGCCCCUCGCACUGGACCAACCUGCGUUCGAUUUGCCAGAUGCCAGAGAGGAGGAGUCUACUCCUGGUGGUUCUGGGGAGGCUGAUGGGCGGAAUAGCUCCAGGGAAGAAGAUGAGAAUGAUGGGAUUCAAGAGGAGGUUCCUCAGUAUACAGCUCACUAUUUCCCUAGGAACACAGUGGGAACGCAGCCGGUUGAGACCCAAGGGGAGGAGGAGGAAGAGGAAGAGGAAGAGGAAGAGGAAGAGGAGGAGGAGGAGGAGGAGAAGGAGAAGGAGAAGGAGAAGGAGAAGGAGGUAGCCUCAGCAGAGAGAGGGCACAGAACUGAUCUGGAGUCUGAACCAGAACUGGAACCAGAGCUUCCUCAUAGCUUGUCUGCUGCAGAAGAGCCACAACUCGUGCAGAAUCAGCCUGAGACAGCCACAGAGCCACCCACAGAGAGGGUAGAAGCUGAAAACGAAGCCCAGGAAGAGAACUCUUCCUUGGACCUUUCUGAUGUAUAUUUUCCUCCUGCUCCAUCCUCUGCGGUUGUCAAUGCUCUACUCCGAGCCAAACACAACCACCUGAGAGGAGCUGGGCCACACGUCGAACUCAUGCCCGGUGAGCCGCCGCUAACUCCACCGAGAGGACGAGCAAGGCGUGGCUUCCCCAUGCAGAGGUCCUCCUCUCUGCCCUCCUCGCUCCUCUCCCCCUCCAGGGUCGUGUCCUCUGUCAGGAUCCAGUUUGGGCGAGGACAGUCGUCCUGCACCCAACCCAGGUACUCCUUCAAAUACACCCCAGAGGAGGGAGAGGACAAAGAAUGGGAUGAGGAUGAGGUGGAAGGACAAACUAACUGUUUAUCUACUCUGAUAAUAAACCCUGCUUCGAACCAGCCACCAAGGCUUCCCACAGAUGCUUCCAUCCCACCGAAACCCAUCCCACGCUACAUGAUGAAGUCGUCCUGCUCGCUGAAAAGCUCCAGCCCUCCUCCUGAUUGGUCACCAGGAGGCCAAACCCACUCUUGGAGCUCCCAGAGCAUCCCUGACCUCUCCUCUAACCAGCACCUUUCAGGUCACUUCCAUCAAAACCAGCAAAGUUGGAAUCCAGGGCAGAUGAUGUCCAAUUAUCCUAAUCCCACAUCUCAAUACAUAAACCCUUGUCCAAAUCCUAGUCCAAGUCUCAUUCAUAGCCAAGUCCCCUUCACUAUGAACCCUCCUCCACAGUACCCCGCUCCUCUCCAUCCAUAUGCCAGUCUUCCCAACCUCCUCUACCACAACAAUCAAUCCUUGAACCCCCAUUCUAGUAUGACCAGUCUCCAUCAGCCUGCAACUCCCACAGUCCCCCCUUUUGGCAGCAUCUCCAAUUUGCAUCAGCCUUCUACUUCGAUAGAUCCUCAUUACGCCAGUCUGGGUAACCUGUAUCCCGGAACUCCCUUUAUGCACCACCAGGGCUGCAACCAUCCAUACGGCCAUCAGUCCCCUUAUCAUGCUGCUCCUCACGGCUCACCGUUUUCCUCAACUUACCCAGGUUACCAUGGCUACAGCACAAACCCGCAUAUGGAAUUCUCUCAUCAGGUCCCUCGGUGUCCUCCAGAGCACAGCCUCAAUCUGGGUUUUGCUCCUACUGUUCCAGGCUUCCUCCCCGGCAUGGCCUCUACCUUCAACCAGGGUCACAGCCUCUACACAGGGCUCCAUCAGCCCGGUUCUGGAUACAGCCAGGGUCCAUCCAGCACCGAGAUGCAGCUGAGGAGAGUUCUGCAUGAUAUCAGAGGGACAGUUCAGAGUCUGACCCAGAACCGAGCCCACACUCCAGACGCUUUCAGUGAUCACACAACAUCUCUACGCAGCCAGCAGUCUUUGACAGAGUUUCAGCAGAAGAGGCGGAGUCUGAACUUGUUCCGCAGUCAGAUGAUGGAUCUGGAGCAGUCAAUCAUGCGACAGCAAGCUCCGGUCUUCAAACACCUGAGCCCUUCUGACAGGUUGGAGGUAGAGCAGCUUCAGUCUCUAAGAUCAGCAGUCAGAGAGGAACUGCAGGAGUUGGAACAACAGCUGGAAGACAGACUGACACAACAAAGGGGUCUCCAUAGAGACAACAGCUUUGACAGUCUGUCCACCGCCUCCGUGCUUAGAGCCAUGGAUCCGGUGUCAGAUCUCCUCAGAGAGCAGCUUUACCUCCAAUCAGAGCUCAGCUAUGACGGCCACACCCCUACCACCAAUCCCUCCUCCCGAUCGUCCAGUCCAGGCCGAGGAGGAAGAGACCAGGAACAGAGCCAAGGUGUUUACCGGGCAUCCAUCAACAUAACCCCUGUCCUUCCUCCUCGACCCAACACACGAGAAGCGGAGGAAGAGGAGGGAAAGAUUGCAGGAGGAGGAGAGGGAGUUGGAGAAGCACCAGAGGAUGGCUCAGCAGGAGCAGUCAGAGUGGAGAACCUGCAGCAGCUCAUCAGAGAGAUUCGAGAGAGUGUGGCGCAGGAGGUCCGACGGGAGAUCUACAGCGAGUUGCUGUCUGCCGUGUCGCCACGGCAAUCGCCCCUGCCGUCCAGACAACACCACCUGUAGCCAUGGCGACAGGAGAGCACCGCCACGUUGACCUUCAGCCUUAGUAGCCACAGUCUGAGCAGCACCACUGUCUGUCUGUAUCACUGUAUAGCUGAGUAACACUGUCUGUGUGGAACACUAUGUGUCUCUAACACUGUAUGUCUGUAACACUGAUGAUGAACCCACCUCACUCGUGACCCGCCCCGGCUUCCAGUGCCUCAGUUGGUUUGACGAAAGUGGUCUGAUGCAUUCUGGGAACGCCAAUCUGGACCAGCCUGUUCACACAGCGUCCUCCAGCAUACAUUUCCCUGUGAGCCAUCAUUCAUUUGUUUUUUUAUUUUGCCCACCACCCUGUUUACUUUCUCUAUCCUGAUAUGAUCAAAUGCCAGGUUUAGAACUACAACCACUAAUAGUAUAACUACAACUGCGAGUACUGCUGACAGUACUGCAACCAUCUCCACCACCACUAACCUGCGUCCUGAUUGAGUUCAUCAUCACAGUCGGAGAUUGGAUCAGGAUAUUAACAGAAUUUAUGUUCUGAUAUUUCUGUUUUCCUACUAAAUAUAGCAAGAAGCUAGUAGUAAGUAUGUAAAUAUGUUGCACACAGGAAAUCACCCUCCCUGAGAAAUACUUUAAAUGCAAGAAUCGUCUCUAAAUCUGUCUUCAAGUAAGAGAGAAUUUUUUUUUUAAAGAGUCUGCUGAGGUUCAAACUCUUUUAUACCCUAAAGUUACUCAUUCCAUGCACAUUUCAGCUUAUCAAGGGUUUAAAAGGGAUUUAAGGUAUAUCACUCAAAGAUUAUGAUGCUGCAGCUGUCAACAUUUUCUCAUCAUCCCCAUCCUCAUCAUCAUCAUUGUCGUCAAAGUCAUCAGUGCUUAUCUUCCUCUGGCCUCCUUCACAGCUGAUUCUGUUCAUUUCCAUGGUGUCCCUGGCAGAUUAGAUCAUAGAAUCCCACAUAUCUUUGUCAUGGUAACUUUUUCAACAUUUUAAAUGGAGUUUAGGUUUUUGAAACUAAAAGUCCUGAUGCAUACUGUUUUUGAUUGGAGCUUGGGUUAUUCUGUCUUGAUGGACCUAGGCUAGGAAUUUACCCCCAUUUCCAGUCUUUGAGGAUAUUUCUGGCUGUUCCGUUAACUCUCAUUGGCUGUUGAUGAGCAAGUUAUGAGGUUAGUGUGUGAGGUCCUGUAGAGGUCAGGCUCAGAGGUCAAAGGUUGCUCUUUGGUUGCAGCAGGUUUUGGUAAGUUGUCAUGGUAACAGUGGUGAUGAUGAUGUACUGACAGGUUGGGGGAGGGGCUUAGUGAGCCGGCAAGUAUAGCCCAAACUUUAGCGGUGCUAGCAUUUUAGCUUCAGGCUUCUGAUGACAAAUCUGUGCAAUAAUAUGAACAUACACUAUAAUCUGAUUCCUCAGAUAUUGUGAAUAAAUGACCAAGAAUUCACUGCGAACAUUUCAGAUGUGAUCAGACAUCCCGCAGCACAAACUGUCUACCUGCACCUUUAACACAAGUUAAUCUUAAACUUGACGUUUUUUAUCAGGAGAAACUGAUUUUCUGUCUCUUCACACAGAAUCCACAGAAUUGAUUGAUCGCUGAUUAAUUGAUAACCACUCAUGAACAUCUGUUUUCUGUGUAUUGUCUUCGUGUUUACUCAAAGUUUAUUAUUAUCAGUUACCGAAGGUCAAAAAAAUCUUCCUAGCUGAGGUGAAACAAGCUCUCAGCAACCUCCAUGGCUGAGCGGGAUUUGCUGUAAGACUAGUCAAUCAGGGCAAACACACCCCAUGUGCCUUUUUUUAAAUCUUUGUAAUAGUUGCGAAAAAUUCCACCAAGACUCACAUUAGAUGUUUUGAUAUGAUCUACUGAUAGCUGAACUUUGUGUACUUUGACAUUCGUUCUUGAUCUUUGGGAGCAAUAGAAAGAGAAUCAGACUCAAAGUUCGACUUACCAACAAAAUGGAGUCCUUAUUUAGCAGGUGUUGUAGGUGUCACCACCUUAUUGUGAACUUUCAAUCAUGUGAACUCUCCAGAUCGUUAUUUACUGGACCUUUGAUCAUCGAUUCUCUUCAUCGUUGAUUGACUUUGUGUUUGUAAAAAAAACUUUUAUUUCUCUGAUCACAAACUGCUCUGCUGGACAAACACUCACUGUGAGCUCUUCAUGCUUUUUACUUCUGUCUUUUUUUCCACUGAUCAAUCAUCACACACGUCUAAUUACACUUUACUAUCUCACUGUUGGUGUUGAUUACUUUCCAUUGAUGCCUCUUUCUAUUGAUGUCUAUUAAUAAUAAUGUGUAUUUUGUACUGAUGUAUUGUCUGUGGGAUGCAGGGAGGGAUCACUCUGUAGAGAUAAGAAUAAUAAAGAUGUAUUUAUUUUCAGUAAA